AUGAUAAACAAUUUCUUCUCCGUGACUUCAAUAGUCGCGACACUUACAAUCCUCCUCUUCGCGAGACUUGUAUUUCAAACCUUGCAUCGAUGCCUAUGGCAUCCACUCCGCGCCGUACCAGGCCCGUGGGCCAACAGCGUAUCAGAGCUGCCAGCUGCCUUGGCACUGGUCACGGGUAACCAGCAUCUGUAUUACAAGUCACUGCAUGACAAGUACGGCCCGGUGGUACGGGUGUCUCCCAAUGAGCUCAGUUUCGUCCGCCCCGAGGCUCGGGAAGAAAUCUACGGCCUUCGAAAAGGCGGGCUGAACAUGGAGAAGAGCCCGAUUUUCCUCGGAGCUGUUGGGGGCGUAGACGGACAGACUGGCGUGAGUCUGGCUCUGAAUGCAGAGCAUGCCCGCCAACGGAGGGCAUUGGGUUAUUUGUUCACGAAUAGCGCACUGCUACAAUUUGAAAAUCUCAUGAAGAUCCAGGUUGAAAAGUUUCUUGCCGUGCUUGGGCAAAUGGCAGACGAGAAGCAACCCGCAGACCUGUCGAGCUGGUACACCUACCUUGCUUUCGAUGUUAUGGGAGAUCUUUGCUUUGCCGAACCAUUUGGAUGUCUAGGUCAGGCAUCCGCUACGGAGUGGUCCACGUCUGUCAUCAAUGUCUUCGUGGCAGCGCUCUUCGUCCCCGCAAAGGCGGCUGAUUGGGCAAAAGUACACCUUAGGAACUCACGUGAGAAAACACUCCGCCGCCUCGCAGACCCAGACCGAGAUCACACAGACUUCAUGUACCACAUUCUUAUCAACAACGAGUCGAAGAAGUCACUGUCUCAGACUGAGAUCAUCCUGAACAUGGCGCUCUUCAUCAGUGCCGGAACGGACACGACUGCAACUGCCCUUACCGGCUGGACCUACUUCGUAUGCACACACCCGGAAGUAUACAGCCGUCUCAUAGACGAAGUUAGAGGCGCCUUGGUAACAGAGGAAGAUGUCAGAUGGGAGAAAGUAAAGGACCUUCGGUAUCUUGAGGCAACCAUUCAUGAGGCCCUGCGUCUUUUCCCUCCUUCGCCAGCCAGUCAGCAACGCAUAGUCCCUCCCGGAGGCGCCACGAUCGAUGGCUACUAUGUUCCUGCAGGGAUGACUGUCGCCGUCCCGCCAUGGGUGUCAACACACUCCCCUCUGAACUUCCACAACCCUUAUGAGUUCCGACCAGAGCGCUGGCUCGGAGAGGACAACGAGUUCUCAAAUGAUCGACUGAACGCGUCGCUGCCAUUUGGAACCGGCCCGAGGGUCUGCAUCGGCAGGAACCUGGCAUAUAUGGAGAUGCGGCUUAUCUCGGCGAACCUUCUGUUUCACUUCGACUUGGAGCUAGACAGAGGGGAGUAUGAGGCUAAGAAUGAUGUGUGGGGGCUGGACGGCAGGCUGAAGACCAUGAAGAUAUUUCACUCGAUGACGAAGCCGGAAUUAUGGGUGCGGCUGAAAAAGGCCCAGGCAUGA